AGACACUCGAAACACCAGGUCUUUCUGAAACGCUCAGAACGGAAGGCCCCGCGAGAAAUGUCAGGCUCGCACUCGGUCGCCCUCACCCUUGCGAGGGGUAUUGAACCAUCAUGAAUCAAUCGGUCCUGUUCGUUCUGCACGACCCGACGUCCUAGAUCAUUUUGAUCAAACACAACCAAUAGCACGAUCAUGUCUGGACUUGUAUCAGGGUACGGCUCGUCCGACGAGGAAGACACGGUCGAUCAAGCUCAAGCCGUCAAUUAUGACGCUUCAGCCGCGAUCCGACCGGCACCGGAAGAUGACGAUGAAGAUGAAGACGACGAUGCAGCAGCCGAGCAAGCCAAGAAGGAUCUGUAUGGAUUGAGUGGAGUAGCGGGGUCAUCAAACAAAGCGAACAGGGCGGAUCGGGGGGUGAAAGUAGCGGCGGCACCGGAUGUACUAGCGGAAGAUCCGAACGCUCCUACAGCGAUGAUCACACGGCCAACAGACAAGGUCAUGAACGUCAACAUCACGUACGAUGAUAUGAUGCGUCCGGUGCUGGGGCCCGACAAUCCGUUUGACACGAGGAAGAACAAGGGCAUGAACAGUUUAGCUGGUCAUGUUGAGGAACAAUCAAUGGACGCCCACUCGUUCUUGCAACAACAACGGACGUUCGCGGUACAUGGCUACGCUCUCAACCCUUCAGCCGUCUCGAACGACCCCUCAUCCACCUAUGUCGGGAACGUCGCUUCUGCUGCCGAAAACAACUAUGCCUUGAUCGAGAACAUCAAGGGUACGCAUAUGUCUCGAAGAGAGAACAAGCGUAAACGACAAGGCAAGGGGGAUGCUGGGGUAGUCGACGGAGAUGGGGCAUACUUGGGUCCCUGGGCUGGUUGGGAGGGUGAAAAGGAGGAAGGCGUGGAAGAGCUGGAAGAGGAUGCAGAGAAAUGGCGAGCGGAGAAGAGGAGACGAGAAGAGCAGCAGGAGGCUACUCGGGAGAAGAUGAAGAAGGCUGGAGAGGAGAAGAGUAUCUUCCACGGCAAAUCACUUACCGACUACGCUGGAAGAACGUAUAUGCAUAUCCCUACCGAUCUGGGUGUCAACCUCAAACCGGACGAAGAUACCCCUGCCGUGGAGAGCUUCAUCCCGCAGACUUGCGCACAUACCUGGACUGGACAUACCAAGGCCGUUUCGGCGAUUCGAUUGUUCCCCAAGAGCGGUCAUCUUCUGUUGAGCGCUAGUAUGGACACCAAAAUCAAGCUCUGGGAUGUUUACCACGAAGGGAACGUCCUGCGGACUUUCAUAGGGCACACUAAGGCUGUCAAGGAUAUAUGCUUCAACAACGAUGGAACCAAGUUCUUGAGUGCGGCUUAUGAUCGACAAAUCAAGUUGUGGGACACCGAGACCGGUCAAUGUAUCCAGGCCUUUUCGAACGGAAAGAUUCCUCACUGUGUGAAAUUCAACCCGGACGAGGACAAGCAGCACAUCUUCCUGGCUGGUAUGCAGGACAAGAAGAUCAUUCAGUACGAUCUGAGACAGAAGGAGAUUACGCAGGAGUACGAUCAACACUUGGGACCCGUCAACACCAUCACCUGGGUCGACAACAACCGACGAUUCCUGACGACUUCGGACGACAAGACGAUCCGAGGGUGGGAUUACGAUAUCCCCGUCGUCAUCAAAUACAUUGCCGAGCCGUACAUGCACUCGAUGCCUGCUGUUACGGUUCACCCCAACAAAAAAUGGUUCGCCGCCCAGUCUCUCGACAACCAGAUCCUGGUGUACUCAACCGACGGCUUCCGUCAAAACCGGAAAAAGCGAUUUGCCGGGCACACCAUUGCUGGUUACGCUUGUGCGAUCGGGUUCUCGCCAGACGGCCGUUUCGUUUCCAGUGGAGACGGUCAGGGUAACAUGGUGUUCUGGGACUGGAAGGGAGGCAAGAUCUUGAAGAGGUUGCACGCGCACAAGCAGGUGGUCAUCGAUCACGCAUGGCUACCAAAUGAGCAUUCAAAGCUUGUGACCGCGAGUUGGGAUGGAACCAUCAAGCUCUGGAUCUAAGCAGUGUCAAUCACCGUCUGGGGCAAAGCUGGCCGCGAGGAGGCCAAGUUGUAGUCACACUGACGUGUAUGGCGGUCAACAUGUAUACAUCGCGCUCGUCUCUUGCCUGA